AUGCAAACUGAAAAUCAAGUCAACUCAACGAUUACACUCAGUCAUCAUAACUGCGAUACAUUGAUCUGUCAUACUUGUUUGUUCUUUAAAAAUAAAGAUACAAGCUUUGCUUCAAUUGAUGCAGUUGCAAAGAAUCUAGCAUUACAGGUUGACGCCGGUUUUCGAAACGUUAGAUUAUCACUAAACAAUGAAAUAAAUCAAACGAAACAGCUCAUUACUGAAACUCAUCGUAUUCAUGAAAAGAAUCAAAAUAAAAUUCAUGAAGCAUUCGCAUCGUUACAUCAACUCAUCAAUAAACACGAAGCUAUAUUGAAAGAGAAUAUUGCGACAAUUGAGAAGGAUAAUACCAAACAACUGAAUGAUUAUGAAAUUCACCUGCUUAAGAUAGAAAACUCACUCGAUUUCCAACAAGCACAGUUUUGUGAAAUCGUAUCUAAAGGACAACAUGUACAACUUUUACAGAGGGAGUACGGAUCAGUUGAUUAUCUAAACAAAAUACACAAAGAGUUGGGUCGAUUAAAAGCUCCCAGAAGAACUCAAUAUGAUCUUCAAGGACUUGAAAAUUUGUCUAAAAUCAAAGAUGAAAUUCUUCAAUGUGGAACAGUCGACCCAAAGGUAGAUAACUCCUUGGCAUACGAAAAUUCACGGCUUGAAAAGAUAAUGGUUCAACAAACGAAUCCCAAAAUGAUUGAUUUGAGUGAUCAACAAUUGAAUGAUCAAGAUGUAAAACUUUUGGUUGAAAAAUAUCAUGAAAUUACGGCAUUAUCUGAAUUCAAUAUAUCAAAGAAUCAAAUCAGCAGCAAAGGGAUUAAAUAUCUUGCUAGUAUGUUACAACAGAACAAGGAACUAUCUGUAUUAAUUCUUGGCGAUAAUCAAAUAGGACAUAGAGGCACACAGUAUCUGUGCCAUGCAUUAGAAAAAAAUAUGACGCUUACUACACUUGAUCUGGAAUCGAAUCAAAUCAGUGAUGAUGGGGUAAAACAUAUUGCUACAAUGAUGAACAAUAUUACAUCUCUAGAAACAUUGAAUUUACAGCGAAAUUUUGUUGGUACUAAUGGACUUAAAGAUCUAGCCCAAGCAUUGAAGAGAAACACAGUACUCACCACUUUGAAUCUGUCUUGGAAUAGAAUUGGAGAUAAAGGAGCAGAGCACAUUGCUGAUGCAUUGCGAGAAAACAAGACACUCACUACGCUUGAUCUUCAACAAAAUUGUAUCGGAUGUUUAGGAGCAAGUCAUAUCGCUAAUGCAUUACGAAUCAAUACAGUUAUUUGA